CCUCUCCGGCUGCUCCCGAGGCGCCGCCAUGUCUGGUCAGCGGUUGCUAUGGAGAAUCAGGGCAGUAACUGCGCAGGCGUGGAAUCAACCAUCAUCACAACAGCCACGUUCUGCAACGUCCGUAAACAAUCACAGUCAUUGCCUCUGGGCACAUGAAGCAUUUAUCCAUGUUUAGUAGUUGGAUUGUAUGUUCCCGAUUGUGUAUGUUGAGGUGCCUAUUGUAUUAAUCUCAGUGUCUUUCAUCACCAACCCCAAAGCCUCCAGAGCGGAUGGUUCUUCCCACGGCGCUGACCCUGUGACCCUGGGACAAUGGACGAUGCGCAGAGGCUGCGGAACGCGACCCGGAGGCGGCUGCGGGACUUCCAGAAGAUUCGAGGAAAGAAGGUGACACCUGGUGAGUUCUGGGACAUCGUGGUCAUUACAGCUGCUGAUGAGAAACAAGAACAGGUGUUCAAGCAGCAAAUCCGCAACAAGCUUGGGCAGAAUGAGCUUCCCCUUGGUGUGCAGUACCAUGUUUUUGCUGAUCCUGUUGGGCCAAAAAUUGGAAAUGGAGGGUCUACACUCCUUGCUCUUCGUCGAUUAGAGGAACUCUAUGCAGACAAGUUGGAUAACUUCACCAUUCUUUUAAUUCAUGCUGGAGGUUAUAGCCAACGUUUGUUAAGUGCCAGUGCACUAGGAAAGAUUUUUACCACUCUUCCUUUGGGCAACCCUGUUUAUCAAAUGUUGGAGCUCAAGCUUGCAAUAUAUGUCGACUUCCCCACUCACAUGAAGCCUGGGGUUCUGGUGAGCUGUGCCGAUGACAUUGAGCUUUAUUGUCUGGGUGAGACUGAAGCUGUAUGCUUUGACAGACCUGGUUUCACUGCCCUCGCUCAUCCUUCCUCCUUGUCCAUUGGCACCACACACGGUGUCUUUGUGUUGGAGCCUGAUCAGAUGGAGGCCGUACAGAAAGAGCUGGAGUAUAAAACAUGCUGUCGCUUCCUUCACAAGCCCAGUGUGGAAACGAUGCAGAAGGCAGGAGCUAUCUGUGAAGCUAGCCGUUGUAUCAGGCGUGACCGAGACACUGAGGAUGUGGGCUUUGUCUACACAGAUAGCAUCUAUUACUUUGACCGUCAAACAGCUAAACAGUUGCUGGUGAUCCUUGGAGAAAUUGGCCCUCUUAGGUGUGAGAUUGAUGCGUAUGGUGACUUCCUGCAGGCUUUGGGGCCGAGGGCCACAUCAGAGUAUACCAAAAAUACAGCUAAUGUCAACCAGGAGGAGCAGGAGCUGGUGGCAGUUCGGCAGAAAAUCUUCUCUCGUCUCCAAGGGACAUCGCUUAAUCUGGCCAUGUUGAAUAAUUCAAAAUUCUAUCACCUAGGCACCACCCAGGAAUAUCUAUACCACUUGACAGCAGAUAGCACCCUGAGAAUGCAAUUGGGGCUGCUGUCUGAGUCCACUGGAAUUGGUCAGUUCUACCCCGAGGAUUAUGGACAAGUUCCCUGCAUUAUCGAGAGCCUGGUAGGAUUGGAUUGUGACAUAUCUCCUGGUAGUAUAAUUGAGUAUUCCCGGCUGGGGCAGGGCACCUGUGUGGGCUCCAACAGCAUCAUCAGUGGAUGCAGCAUCAGAGCGAAUACCACCAUCCCCCCUGACACCUUCCUGCAUACACUCUGCGUCCCAGAGGGCUUUGCCACCGUGAUCUUCGGCACUGGAGACAACCUCAAGCGUACGGCCGCAUCCCUGUUGGAGAUCCACCAACUGCAGCUGCUGGGUAUCAAUUUCGAAGAGGCUACUGUGAGCCUAGGCCUGAAGAUCUCCCAGGAUCUAUUCUCUGGCAGUGGAAAAAUCUGCCCUAGUCUGUGGAACGCCAGGAUCUUCCCUGCCCCAUGUGCGACAGCAGAAGACUCGGUGACGGCGGUACUGGAGAUGUUUGAAGCCUUGCGGGGUGAAUCAGUCCCUCAGUUGGCAGCUGAUGUCCAGUUGCUCUCCGUUGAAGAAAUACUCCAACGCAAGGAUGUGAUGAGCAUGCUGAGUUUCAGAAAGCAGCUUACUGAAGAAAUUAGUCAGAGGAGAAAUUCUGGUGAAAACACAAAACAGGCUUUAUAAUUCAUGUUAAUAAAAUGUGAGGCUGGA